CCAUUGUUUCUGAUCCGGUGGUCCGUUGCCAAGUGGUGUUUGCAACUACUGCUUACGAAUGCGAGAAUGCGUGAGGGAUCAUCCAGGGCCUCCAGGGGAGACCCUUUUUGCAGCGAUCCGAGCGAUCAGCUCGAUCAGCUCGAGUCGUUUAGCUCGAUUUAGCUUUGCCCCCUGCCUUGCGAUCGCAACAUCUAAAUUCGACCUUCCGAAAAGCGUCCACCUCGACCACUUUCCAACCGAACCUGCUAGAAUCAGGGGUCAAGCACAAUAUGCUUCCUUCGCAGCCUCGACUGCCAGAAUGGCGAACGGUACAACGCAAGCUCCCAUUGAUGGGAGCUUACUCGAUCCUGGUUACCAGCUACAUCGCCUUUGUGAUUUACGUUGAGGGAGAGGUAUUGGCGGUACAACAUCGGAAUGGAGAGUUCCUAAGGCAGUUCAUUUGCCAUAACGCUCUCUUUGGCCUGACCACCUAUUCCCUUUUCCUCACCUCGACUCGAUCACCAGGAUCUCCCUCCCGGUCUUAUUCCCAUCAACCCGAUAGGUCGACGGGUUACCCGCCGGGACCGGAGAUGAACGAGGACGAACGGGAUGCGAUAGAAGCCGAUUUCAGAGGGAUCAGCGUGGACGAAUGGAAGGCUUCGAAGCCAAGACCGUCAACAUAUAACGAGUACGAUCAUUCGGGGCAGUACGAACGACAGGAUCUAGAGGAAGACGAGGACGAUGUGCCGCUAGUCAACCUUUUGACAAAAUCCAGCUCGCAAGCCGAACCUGUCGACCCAGUUGCUAUCCCUGCUCUGACGGUCAAGGGUAGCUCGGGGGGAAUGAGGUGGUGCAGGAAGUGUAAUGCGGUCAAGCCGGACCGGUGUCACCACUGCAGUACCUGUGGCCGCUGUCAGCUUAUGAUGGAUCAUCAUUGCGUCUGGGUUGCAGGGUGCAUCGGGUAUAGGAACAAGAGGACUUUCCUAUUAUUCCUCGUCUAUGCCGCCCUGUACGCUGCUUACUCGGCAUUCGAGGCUGGGAAAGUUUGCGUCGACUUUUUUGGGGAUCCUACCGGGAUGGGAGAUGACGAACAAGAGAUCGAGAUCAAACCGGUCAUAUGGAUCUUGCUCGCCCUCUGCGGAUUCGUCUUCUUCCUCACCUUGGCUCCCUUUGCGGCCUUUCACAUCUAUCUCGUCAGCCGCAAUCUAACCAGUCUCGAACACAUGCGUCCGGCAUUUCCAAAUAUCAAACUGCCGGAACACGACUUGCACCCCUUGGAAGCGGAGGGGCGUCCGAAUCGACCCGCUCGCCGGCCCAGCCUGGACGUUCGGAGGGACCGAGGUUGGAGGCCGGACCAUAUGCUCAACCGGGACGAACGGAGACGAGCGAAACGAAUAGCCGAGUCGAACAAUCCUUACGAUCUGGGAUGGAGGCGGAACGUCUUGCAGGUAUUUGAUCCCGAUAAUAAGGGACCGAGCUGGAGGUGGUUUUGGCCCGGAGGAAGGGGCGGAUCAUCCGAUCCCAAAGGCGGCCACGUCUUUCCCUAUUCCCAACGGACACUGGAACGACUGCGCGAAGAGACGGCUCGCUUGCGCCUGGGACGAGAUGUUGUAUGAUCACCGAGCAUCUCAGAUUUCAUUAUACCCACACUGCAC